GCUAUUUAAUCCCUUUGUUUUGGUCUCUAAUAUCUUGAUCCUCGUCUACUGUGUGCAAGGAAUAGAUAAGACUGGUGCCUCAGGUUUUUUGCCUUCUCCGAUCUUUUACAGAUUGUUGAGGACACUUUUCUCUUUGAAAUUCUCUCUGUAUUAGCGCUGUUGCUUAGAACAGAUCGUUGGUAAAUGGGGUCGGAAGGGCCUCCAUCGGUUAUCAUUCAUGUAACGGGGUUUAAGAAGUUCCAUGGAGUUUCUGAGAAUCCAACUGAGGCGGCAGUGAACAAUCUCAUGAAGUAUAUGGAGAAGAAUGGUUUGCCUGAAGCUCUAACUCUUGGGAGUUGCAGCAUUCUUGAGACUGCCGGACGUGGAGCUCUUGAUGCGCUGUAUAAAACGUUGCAAUCUGCAAUAGAGGGGAAGGGCCCUGAACCCACUAAUUCCAGAAGAAUCAUCUGGCUUCACUUGGGAGUUAAUAGUGGUGCUUCGAGGUUUGCUAUCGAACGUCAAGCUUUUAACGAAGCCACUUUUCGUUGUCCUGAUGAAAUGGGAUGGAAGCCUCAGAAAGAACCAAUUGUACCAGAGGAUGGUGAAAUUUCACGUACACGAGAGAGUUCUCUUCCAGUGGAGGAAAUAACCAAGACACUGGCAAAGAAGGGAUAUGAAGUGAUGACUUCAGACGAUGCUGGUCGGUUCGUGUGCAAUUACGUGUACUAUCAUUCCCUCCGCUAUGCAGAAGAGCACGGGACCAAAUCGCUAUUUGUUCAUGUUCCUCUCUUCUUAACUAUAGAUGAAGAUACCCAGAUGCAAUUUAUUGCUUCCUUGUUAGAGGUACUUGCAUCUUCAAGUUAUUAGGCUUCCAAUGUAUAGGAAGAGGGUGUAUUGGGGUGAUGCUUGUUUAUCAAAAUGCUUGAAUAAACCAAAUAAUAAUAUGCUUCAAGGGCUAAUAUAUGUAUUUCAAAAUAUGUUAUCCAUACUUGAGAUGAUUUCGACUACUCGUCUGAGAUCAAUAACAUUUGGAGCCUUCGAUGCCUCGUUUAUGAGUCAAAAGUUAAGUUUGAU